AUGCUGUCGGAGGAGUCGCGUAGGUGUCACUGCCGUGUUUCUGACCGGAGGCGUCACGGGUCUCCCCCGAAUAGACCACCAUGCUGCUGUGAGAAGCAAUGCACCUGCACCUAUUGCAGCAGGGGCGGUCCCACGCCUCCGCCGCAACCCGCUCUUGCCCAAAACAGCAGCCAAAGCGCGCGGGCCAGUGGUGCCCCUCGCGGCAGCCGGACCAGUCAUGUCGAUACCACUGCUCACGUGGAGCCGCACUCAUUUCGGCGUUGCCUUGUGUGCGUCCCGGAGCAAGCGGAGCUGAAAGAGGCGGACCUCCUUGCCCUUCAGCAGCGCUGCGGGGAGGCUCGCGUCGCCGAUCAGCGGUGGAGGUCCGGCCGAGCCUGUUUGCUUGGCUCACGCGGCCACCGUGGUGGCGGGCGCAACUUUUACCAGUCCAACACGGCUGAGAUGCUGCGCCGCCAGCGCAACUCCUUCUACCAGCAAGCUCUGAAUGACGAACAUAUGGCGCGGCGCCGUGCAUUGCAGACUGAGCUCGACGCGCGUCGCGACGAGAUUAUCGAGAUGCAGCGCGCACGCGAGACACUGCGCAUGGAGGCUGCCUUCCGCAACGCGCGGGAGGCUCGGCAGUGUAGUUGUGGCCCUCGUGCCUGCCCACACCAGAGGGCAUGUAGUACUGACCCAGCAGCGCGUGCCAGCCUCUCCACACCUCCAUUGCAGCGCAAGGAGCAACUGCCCUCACCGCCAAGUGACAGCAAGCGCAGUGACCGUGCCGCACUAGCGUCGACGCAACCGAAAGUCGAGUGUGUCGCGCCCACACCACCGCAGCCGCCACCAACGCACCCUGUCCGUGGAGCAUCCGCGCCACAGCAGCACCGUCCUAGCGAGUGGAAUUACGGGACUGCGCCGUGGGGGACCUGCUGCACCGAUUACCCCCAUCCCUGCGCGCAUGGCCAGUGGCACUACGGAUGGAUCUGGUGUCCAUCUUUGGCAUGUAACGGGCAGAACCCCUAUCCGUCUCUAUGCAGUCAGGCGAGACCCCUUUCUUUUCCACUCAAGUCCCAAGCGCCGCCGCUGCUACCACAUGAUGCCAAGCCGACAUCCGAUCAGGCCUCUCCGACGACUGAGGGGGACGCGGUGUGUGGCCACGCUAAGAGGAGUGCCGCCGACAGCGUGUCCAUGAUUUCUGCCGGUAAGGUUGGAAAGUCUCUGGAGCGCCUAGAACGUGAUACUGCCGCAGGGGUACCUAGCAAUCCACCGCAGCGGAGCAGUGCUGUCUCAGCCACUGAUGCCGAUUGCGGUGCCGCAUACCGUGUAGGGAAGGACUGCUCUGAGCGCGAGCGUGAUGAGUCCUCACGAUUUCACAGCCACAGCGGCUCAUCCGUGUCCUUGACUGCUCCUCGCUUUGGCCGGAAGGUGUUUGUCACGGACGACAUCUACUGCGACCGUCGUGCCCGUUACAUGGCCGAGUGGGAGGCGUGCGGCGCAGUACAACGAAUACCGACCUCAUCCCGCAGCCCUAGUGCACCUCUCACAGAGAAGACUCCGAGGUGGCGUACCACUGGCGGCGAUGCGUGCGCCGCGUAG